AUGCCUCCAGCGUCCGCUUCCAAAGCCAAGAGAGAAGCCAAGAAGGCUGAGAGAGAGGCCAAGAGACUCGCAGAGGGUAAGACCGUGCGCUCUUCCAAGAAGAAGGAGGGCACCGAGGACGAGGCCGAGGCCGCCGCCAAGGAGAUCGCGCAGAUGAAGCUCCAGCUCGACAAGGACGGUAUCUCCGACCGUGUCGUGACCGGUGUGCUCGACUCCCUGGAGACCUCGCGAGACGUCAAGAUGUCCUCUGUCUCGCUGCUUUUCCACGGUAAGGUGCUGAUCCAGGACUCGCAGCUGGAACUCAACUACGGCCGUCGUUACGGUCUGCUGGGUGAGAACGGCUGCGGUAAGUCCACCUUCCUGAAGUCGCUCGCCACUAGAGAGUACCCCAUCCCCGAGCACAUCGACGUCUACCUAUUGGACGAGCCCGCCGAGCCUUCCGAGUUCUCGGCUCUGGACUACGUCGUCAACGAGGCCCAAAACGAGCUGAAGCGUCUAGAGGACCUCGUCGAGAAGACCAUCCUGGAUGAGGGCCCCGAGUCCGACGUCCUCGAGGGUCUGUACGAGAGAAUGGACUCCCUGGAUCCAAGCACCUUCGAGAGCAGAGCCGCCGUCAUCCUGAUCGGUCUGGGUUUCAACUCUCAGACCAUCAAAAAGAAGACCAAGGACAUGUCCGGUGGUUGGAAAAUGCGUGUCGCCCUGGCCAAGGCCCUGUUCGUCAAGCCUACCCUCUUGUUGCUCGACGACCCAACUGCCCAUUUGGACUUGGAAGCCUGUGUCUGGCUGGAAGAAUACUUGAAGAGAUUUGAUAGAACUCUGGUGUUGGUUUCCCACUCCCAGGAUUUCUUGAACGGUGUUUGUACCAACAUGAUCGACAUGAGACUGCAGAAGCUGAUUGCCUACGGUGGUAACUUCGACUCUUACGUCAAGACCCGUACCGAACAGGAGACCAAUCAGAUGAAGCAGUACGCUAAGCAGCAAGAAGAAAUCGCCCACAUCAAGAAGUUCAUUGCCUCCGCCGGUACUUACGCGAACUUGGUCAGACAGGCCAAGUCCAGACAAAAGAUUCUAGAUAAGAUGGAGGCCGACGGUCUGAUCGAGCCCGUCGUUCCAGACAAGGUCUUCUCUUUCCGUUUCCCAGAAGUCGAGAGAUUGCCUCCUCCAGUGUUGGCUUUCGACGAUAUCUCCUUCGCCUACGACGGCAAGGCCGAGAACAACCUGUACGAACACUUGAACUUCGGUGUUGACAUGGACUCCAGAGUCGCUUUGGUCGGUCCUAACGGUGUGGGUAAAUCCACUCUGUUGAAAAUCAUGACCGGUGAGCUGUCAGCGCAGUCCGGUCGUGUCUCGCGUCACACCCACGUCAAACUAGGCGUGUAUUCUCAGCAUUCUCAGGAACAACUGGACUUGAACAAGUCUCCUCUAGAGUUUGUUCGUGACAAAUUCCCCCACAUUUCUCAGGACUUUCAGUACUGGAGAGGCCAGCUAGGCCGCUACGGUUUGACUGGUGAAGGCCAAACUUCCCAGAUGGGUACUUUGUCCGAGGGUCAGCGUUCCCGUGUCGUCUUCGCUCUUUUGGCUCUACAAGCCCCUAAUGUGCUACUGCUCGACGAACCUACUAACGGUCUGGAUAUCGCAACCAUUGACUCUCUGGCCGAGGCCAUCAACGACUUUAACGGUGGUGUCGUUGUCGUCUCCCACGACUUCAGGCUGCUAGAUAAAAUCGCCAAGGACAUUUUCGUUGUGGAGAACAAGACUGCCACUAGAUGGGACGGCUCUAUUUUGGACUACAAGAACAAGCUGGCCAAGAAUGUUGUAUUGUAA